AUGGUGAAUGGCGGUAUGAUGACUGAGCCUUGGGAGCCUCAGGAUGCCCCGGCUACACCAAAGAGAAGCCAGGCCAGGCCUUUAAUCUUGGUCAGGGCUAUCUUGCCCAAUGAGGUCGUUCUUGGUGAUUUCUACUGGCCGCUAGGGGGAGCAGUUUUCGGAAAGCGUGCAAAGUCUGUCAUGACUUUCUUGACUGCGAUGUGA